AUGGCUCUCCGGACUUACGGCGACAAGCCGAUCAGUUUCCAAAUUGAAGAAGGCGGUGAAUUCUACUGUGUUGGAUCGGAGGUCGGUAAUUAUCUGCGGCUGUUCCGCGGGUCGUUGUACAAGAAGUACCCUGGCAUGGCCAGACGGACCCUCACUAAUGAAGAGAGGAAACGUUUAGUUGACAACGGUCUGGGUCCACAUGUGCUAUCGAGCUCUGUCUCGCUGUUGAAAGCCUCGGAAGUUGAAGACAUCAUUGAUGGCAAUGACGAAAAGUACAAAGCUGUGUCAGUUAGUCAAGAGUUGGCUACACCGAGGGAGGGUAAGGCGAAGAAGCCUCACAACCCUCCGUGGAUGCCGGCCAUGCCGAACUCCUCACAUUUGGAUGCUGUACCUCAAGCUACACCCAUUAGCAGAACAAGAGUACAUAAUAAAAAGGUUAGGACGUUCCCUCUCUGCUUCGAUGACACCGACAUGACGGCCAUGCUAGAGAAUGCUUCUCAGAAGCAAGUGCUCGUACCCAUCAGGUUGGACAUGGAAAUUGAAGGCCAGAAGCUUAGAGAUACAUUCACAUGGAAUAAAAAUGAGUCUAUAAUAACACCGGAGCAGUUUGCUGAGGUUCUAUGUGAUGAUUUGGAAUUGAACACCAGUACAUUCAUCCCGGCCAUAGCAUCAUCAAUCAGACAACAGAUUGAGGCAUUCCCGAGCGAGCCACCUCCAAUACUCGAGGAGUUAGACCAGAGGGUUAUCAUCAAACUCAAUAUACAUGUUGGGAACACUUCCCUGGUUGAUCAGGUGGAAUGGGAUAUGGCUGAGAAGGAGAAUAAUCCUGAGCAAUUUGCUAUGAAGCUCUGUGCAGAGCUCGGUCUGGGAGGGGAGUUUGUAACAGGCAUUGCUUAUAGUGUUCGGGGACAACUUAGUUGGCAUCAAAGAACAUAUGCCUUCAGUGAGGCUCCAUUACCUGUCGUUGAGACACCAUACCGCCAGCCAUCAGAUGCUGAACAAUGGGCUCCAUACUUGGAAACUUUAACUAACGCUGAAAUGGAGAAAAAGAUAAGGGAUCAGGAUAGAAACACAAGAAGAAUGAGACGUCUUGCUAACACAACGCCCGAUGCAUCAUUGACCCGUGCGGUCAACCGACUGAUGCGCGUGGACGAGGCACUCUUCACCAACACUCCAGAUAAAAGGCGGAAAAAAAUAUAA